UUCACGCUGCCUUAAAAGUUUGAAGCGGAACCUGCUGCCUUCGCCUUCAGCUGCUUGUAUUUUGUGCACUUUAAACGGGUUUUAUUAUUCGUGUUUUCGGGUCACAUGAAGGAACAGGUGGCGUGAAAGUUCAGGAGAAAUAUCCAAAAAGGAAAGAUUUCAUCUUUGCAUGCUGGUGAGGAAUUAAGGGAAGGUGCGAUUGAAGGUGGGUGUGGUGAUGGAGUGGAGAGACCAGACGGCAGUGGGGUGUGAGGUGGCCUUCAGAGAAGCACAGCGAUGGAUGGAGGAAGUGACCAAGAAGAGAUUUGGGAGCAGUAACUUCAGAUCUGCGCUGGAGAAUGGAGUCCUGUUGUGCGACCUGAUCAACAAACUCAAGCCCGGGGUCAUCAAGAGAGUGAACAGACUGUCCACUCCCAUCGCCGGAUUAGACAAUGUGAACGUGUUCCUGAAGGCCUGUGGGAAACUCGGGCUGAACGAAGCUCAGCUCUUUCACCCAGGAGACCUGCAGGACGUGUCCACACGGGUGACCGUCAGGCACCACGAGACGUCCAGGAGACUGAAAAAUGUUCUGAUUACGAUAUACUGGUUGGGAAGGAAGGCUCAUGCUGACCCAUCCUACAGCGGCCCACAGCUCAACUUUAAAGCUUUCGAAGGUCUUCUGGGCGUCGCCUUAUCCAAAGCUCUAGACGAGGCGUCGUGCUCCAAACCCGGAACCCGAGACAGCGGCUUCGGCGAGACCUGGUACCCUGACAGGGAGGUGCCCAGCUACAGGAGGGAGGAUUCGGUGGAGAGUCUGGACUCUGUGGAGUCUCGCACACUGAGCGUGGCAUCAGAUUGUACUUUAAUAGCAGGCAGUGAAGGGUUCGGGAGUGACGCAGAGGCAGAGCACUUCUUCAGGAUGACUGAACGUCUGCCUGCUACUACUAAAGAGAGAAGAAACGUCCCGGCUGUGCUGAGGAAGAAGUUCGAGCAGCGUGAUGAAAGUGGAAGGGGUCACGUCAGCCCGCUCUGCAGACUUUCCACAGGACGUUCUCCGUGUACCGGGAGCAAGUCCCUGAGUGAUCUCACCCAGGAGUCGGGAGCCCAGGAGCCUGUAAGCAGCACGUUUCUUCAUCUGUUGAAGAGUCAGCGCAGUAAAGCUGCGACGGUUUCCCUGCGUCAGGAGCAGAUCCGUCAGUAUCAGGCCAGGCUGAGGGAGAGCGAGGCCAAGUGGCAGGAGGUCAGUCAUGUGUUCAUUCCCUCAGCACCUACAAACAUCGAGCCUGAAUCAGAUCAUACGGACCUGAGCAGGUGGAAGACUCGAAGACAGAGCUUGAACUCUGACCUGCACAGGAAGAAAGAGGAGCGAGAACAACUGGAGCCCGUCACCGGCGAGACCGACGACGUCCGAGGGGAGCCAGAGCAGAGGAGGAGCCUAACAAAGGCAAAGCCUAACAUGUCCUCCACUCUAACUGAGGCCUUCUCUCCUUCUCCUUCUCCUCGGACCUCCAGCACCAUGCCAGGUCCCGUGAUCUUGCCCGGACCUGCUCCUGCCUACAGAGCGCGUUCUCAUGGUAACGGUCCAAUCCAAGCGAAACCUUACACACCUCCCGUAGCGAGCGUAGCGUCCGAUCACGUGCAGAGCGUCUCGGGGACGGACUCCGCUCCUGCGCCCAUCCAGCGCACCAAGUCUCUGGAGGGUGUGUUUUCAGGGACGCCGCAGAUGUCCGCCAUGCUGCCCAGAGGUUUCCGCAGGUCAGAGACCACGUCACGGCUCUCCACAGGAGUCACACCGAGACCAUUCAGCUCCAAGACGUGCAGGAUGUCAAUGCAUGCUAGAUUCUACUCUAUGGACGAGUCCAAUAACAGCCCUCGAGAUCCUGCGUCUAUCCCCCUCAGAGGAGCCGAUGUGGAUCAAGACGACGAUCGCUCCAGUAAACAUGCAGCUGAUGUGCAGAAGAAAGUGAAAGAGAAGGGAAAGAAGCAGGACUCGGCUCCUAAUGUUCACUCCUUCAUGUCCGCCAGCGUCCUGGAGUCUGAUAAAGCCGCGUCUGUGAGCGGCGAGGACGAGCUGCAUCACCGUGACAUGCGAGUCAGUCUGAAUCAGACGCCCAACUGCGGCACGGACUUCGGCUUUCAGGCUCACUGGGACUCCACCGGCGCUCGAAUCACGUCCAUCAGACCAGUCAGCCCGGCUCAGCUGUGCCACCUGCAAGCAGGAGAUGAGAUUGUGGCUUUGGCUGGACAGCGAGUGGCCGAAAUGAGCUACGAACAGUGGAAGGCCAACAUGGAUGCUGCGCUGCGAGAGGGCAAACUGCUGAUGGACAUCAGACGCAUCAGUCUUAACGGUCAUCCAGAUGUUCACAGCUCCAGCUCCAGCCUGUCUGAGCAGAACGAGAGUAAAGCACAGGUCAACGGUCAUCCUGUUAACGGAUUUCCAUUGAAAGCAGUGAAUAUGAGCUUGUGUAACGAUUCCGUCUCGACAAAAAACAAAGGAGGUUCAGAGUCGGCUAUAUCGGAUCUGCAAGUUCCCUCCAUCAGAGCGUCGUCCUCUUGCUGGUCCUGGAACCCAGAGGAGGAGAGGAGGAGACAGGAGAAGUGGCAGAUGGAGCAGGAGCACCUCCUGCAGGAGAAGUACAGGCGCGAUCAAGAGAGACUAGAAGAAGCAUGGAGACGAGAUCAACAGGAAGCAGCCUUAGAAGAAAACAGUGUCACAGAAGUUACCCAACCGCUCGAGAAACAGGAAGUGCCCUCUGUGCCCACUGGAAGCCUUACACGUUACACUCCACCUCCCUUCCUCCAGCGAUCAGAGUCUCAGUCCUCUGCAGCAGCUGAUCAACAAGCGCGAGACACGCCGCUCGUCCACAACAAACAGGUCCAGAUAGCAGCAGCAGGUCAUCCGACCGAGGACGAGUGCGAUUCCUCCUCCAGGACGAGUCACUGGCCGAGCGAAUCUUACGGAUUUACCAAGCUGACCGCUUCGGACAGGAAAAAGUCCAAAUCCACUCCAUCACUCGAAGGCAGCCACAAGCAAGAAUCCAGAGCAGGCGUUAAGAAGAAGAGUCGGGUGUCUCAGGUCGAGCAGGAGCGUCUGCAGAUCCUGGAGGAGAUGAGGAAGAAGACUCCGGUGCUCACAGACAGCAGCUGGAUUCGUCAGCGCAGCACCUGCACCAUCCACAAAGAGCCCAUCAGCGUAGCACCACUGAGGAGACACGAGUCUCUGGACAACAUCCACAGCAACGGUGGUGGUGAUGGCGGCGUCUCCAGCAUCUCCUCAUCUAAGCAGUUCUCCUCCUUAUCUCAGCCUAUCUCUGGCCUCCGAGGCGUCGUUCCUUACCGUGGUUACUCGGGUCGCUGCAGCCUGGGUCCCGGUGCCGCCAUCUUCUCCAGCGCUUUAAAGCAGAGCUCCUGGUCUUGGGAUAGCUCCGCCUCUCCUGCGUCUGACGCUGAGGAGGCGUGUAACCUCACACAGCAGCAGGACAGUGUGUCAGCUGCAGGACUGACCUCAGGACAGAGUCUGGAGCUCAGGUGCGAGUCAGACACGGACAGCUCUUCUGCAACGCCUGUUACAACAGAAUCCGAGACCGCCCCGGCGUUCCCAAGUGACCUCGGUGCAUCGCGGCAGAACGGGGAGGAGCCUUGCUGUGGAGACGAAUCGGACGCGACGACCACAAGCUCAGCGUAAUUUUACACCGGGACACGAAGCUACGGCUUAUCCUUCCACUUUACAUCACACUUUACGAUUGAUAUUGAUGUUAACCUUUUGCGUGUUUGUGAAGGUCGUCCAAUAUGUCAUUUCUAAAUGUAUGUUUUUUUGUUUUUUUUUUCCCCCAAUUUUUUUUUUGUUUUUUUUUUUCAAUUUAUUUUCCAAUUUUUUUAAAUUUCUCCUUUAAUAAAGUUAGAUUUCUGAACUAAACAAACACAGGAAUAAUCGAAGCUUCGUCCUUGUCCCUCUUGUCUGGUCUGUAUAGCUGAAACGAGGCGACAACUUUUUAUUUUUUCUUUCCUUUCUUUCUUUUUAAAUGACAGUGUUCCUUGCUUCAUGACUUCUCUACAUUACAGCUUGCGCCAUUUUUUCUUUUUUUGCACAGCCUAUUGUUCCUCACACAGAUAUGAUAUCUGUCUAUAUCCUGUACGAAUAUAUUAAUAUUCCGGAGAUAUUUAAGCACAUGAUGUCUGCACUUUUUUUGUUCUUGGUCUAGUGAUGCACUUUUUUUUUUUUUUUUUGAAUCAAGUCUGUUUUUAGGGAGAAAUCACAACAAUAUUUCCUAA